AUGAGUUUUCAAGUUGGACUUGGGGAGGCCAAUACGCUUGUUACAUGUGGUAAAGUAACCACCUCCCCUGACAUUGACACUGGAGCCGAUAUCGGAUUUAAAAUAUGGCAUGUAACUCCAAUAGUGUUCACCGUCCCUGUUGUAUUAGCGGUUGUUGUAAUUGGUGGUUCUGAGUCUGGAGUAUCAUUUCGAUCUCGAGAAUUGCAACUGCUAUACCAGCUGACACAGCAGCUAAAGCUAAAACCUGCACCAGAAAUGGGAUAUGGAUGUAAUGAUUGGAAUCAGACCAAUGAAAGAAAUCCUGCAAUUGAGUUUGAUGACAAAGAAUAUGAAGCCGACGAACAUUUACGCGGAAUUUCAAACUUUGUUGAAAGUGCUGAUGGAAAAUGGGCUUAUAGCAGCACAGGAGUAUUUCUAGGAAAUGAAAAAGCUGAUUAUGUGGCAAGAAAUGUUUUCUCUUUGAAUAUUAAUGAGUCUUCUGGACACUACUACCAAACAGCCCGCAUUGCGCCGAUAUCUCUUAACUACUUUGGAUUUUGUAUGAUGAAGGGAAAUUAUAAUGUGAAACUUCAUUUUGCUGAGAUAAUGUUUUCUAAUGACCGGACUUUUAGCAGUUUUGGAAGGCGCAUAUUCGAUGUUUCAAUUCAAGGUCGUAAAUAUUUAAAAGACUUUAACAUUAUGGAAGAAGCCGGUGGAGUUGGCAAGGGAAUUACUCGGGACUUUAACGUUGAUGUUAAUGAUAGCACCUUACAAAUCCACUUAUCAUGGGCAGGAAAAGGAACUAAUGCAGUCCCUAUGAGAGGUGUAUAUGGACCUCUUAUAUCUGCUAUCACUGUGACCCCAAACUUUAAAAUUCCUUCGAAUCGGUUGUCUGCCGGAGCAAUUGCUGGAAUUGUGAUUGGAUCAUUGGCACUUGUUUUGCUGAUACUUUUUGUCCUUUGGAAGAUGGGUUACAUUUUUCGGAAAGAUCAAACAGACAAAGAACUCCUAGAAUUGAAAACAGGUUAUUUCAGUUUGAGACAAAUUAAAGCUGCUACUAAUAACUUCGAUCCAGAAAAUAAGAUAGGUGAAGGAGGAUUUGGGCCAGUUUACAAGGGUAUAUUGUCAGAUGGUGCUGUGAUUGCGGUUAAACAACUCUCGUCCAAAUCAAAGCAAGGGAACCGCGAAUUUGUAAACGAAAUAGGCAUGAUAUCUGCUUUGCAGCAUCCCAAUCUUGUGAAACUUUAUGGAUGUUGCAUUGAAGGAAACCAAUUGCUGCUUGUAUAUGAAUACAUGGAGAACAAUAGUCUUGCUCGUGCUCUUUUCGGUAAGCCAGAACAAAAGUUGAACUUGGACUGGCGCACGAGAAUGAAGAUUUGUGUAGGGAUAGCAAGAGGUUUGGCCUAUCUUCAUGAGGAAUCAAGGUUGAAAAUAGUACACAGAGAUAUUAAGGCAACUAAUGUCUUACUCGAUAAGCAUCUGAAUGCCAAAAUCUCUGAUUUCGGUUUAGCCAAGCUUGACGAAGAAGAAAACACUCAUAUCAGCACGCGAAUAGCUGGGACAAUAGGUUACAUGGCUCCUGAGUAUGCAAUGCGGGGUUACUUAACCGACAAAGCAGAUGUAUAUAGUUUCGGAGUUGUAGCUUUAGAGAUUGUUAGUGGAAUGAGCAACACAAAUUAUAGGCCAAAAGAGGAAUUUGUUUAUCUUCUGGAUUGGGCCUAUGUUCUCCAAGAACAAGGAAACCUUCUGGAAUUGGUGGAUCCAAGUCUUGGUUCAAACUACUCAGCUGAAGAGGCCAUGAGAAUGCUGCAAUUGGCACUCCUUUGCACCAAUCCAUCUCCAACUCUUAGAGAACCAAUGUCAUCGGUCGUGAGCAUGCUUGAAGGAAACACUCCAAUUCAAGCGCCGAUAAUCAAGCGAAGCGAUAGUGCUAGUGGCGCAAGAUUUAAAGCCUUUGAGCUUCUAUCACAUGAUAGCCAAACUAAUGUUUCUUCAACAUCUUUACAAGAUAGUAGAGAGCUAAGAGGCAAAUCAAUGGAUGGACCAUGGAUUGAUUCUUCCAUAUCAUAUCCAAGUAAAGAUGACUAUUCUUCAUCUGAUAGGCUUAUUUGA